GUCGUUCAAAUAGUUGACGAAUACGCAUGCGUGUCAUUCUUUGUGGCCGUCAUUGUGACGCAACCUGGGGAAAACAUCCUCGUUUCUUUAGAUGUAUUUCCAUUUAGUUUGUAGUGCAGGUGCCUUAAGCUCAUGUGCUUUCCUUUUUUAGAAGUUAAAAUUAUCACAAAACUGAUUAUUUGCAUUUCAGUGUGUUCUUUGUAUUAUUGUAAAGUUUGACUUUUUAAGAGCCACAAACAGAUGUCACAAGAACCAACGUUGUCCGUUCUCAAUGCCUUGAAAAACUGCUUUCGAGUCAUCGAGCGACAGCGGCAUAACUGGAGCAACAAUUUGGCAGAAUGCACCUCUUUAAUAAUUUCUGUCGGUAAUCUGGGGGAACAAUUGCAGUCUUGUAAUAAGGUCGAUUUUAAAGGAACACCUCUACAAGACUUUCCUCAACUGAAGCAGAGGCUGACCUACAAACUCAACCAAGCACUGGGCGUAGUGCUGGGAAAGCUAGCGGACAAGCUGAGUGCCUUACAAGUGGUUCGAGAUUCUAUUAGUAACCAGGUGGUCUCUGUGUUUCAACUGUAUGAGAACAACUCAGAGAAGAUUGGUCUGAGUGCCUCUUUGAGGCGGUUGGCUGUUAUUCCAUCAUUGGCAGAUAUGUUAGAGUGGCUACAGGACAUUGACAGAUUUUACCGUAACCAAUAUCUGAAGAGGAAGCUGAUGCUGCAGAUGGUAAGCCCUGAAAAUAUAAGCUACAUAGUGGAACUCCCAAAAUUGUGGAAGGCUUUGGAAGGGCAGCAAGAACGCAACUUGACUCAGGAAACAUUAAUGAAGAUUGCUUUUUUCAUGGAUUCUUCUUGAACAGGAUUCAUUAGAAAAGAUUGAAAAGCCCAUCUCCAAAGAUUCUGAUGCAGGAAUAUUGAAUGCAACAUUUACAAGAGACUUUCUUUUUUAAUUAAGAAAAAUAUUCAUAUAUCUGUGUUAAUGUCUGAAUUGUAUUUUUACUUUCACCUCUGUUAUCAGGCAGAGAGUGUGUACUGUAAAGAAUUUUUUUUUUUUUUUUAGAAUUCAAUAAAAUAUAGAAAGUGUUCAAGCUAAAACAAUCUAAGUCUGAAAUAAACAUGGCAGUAGGCUUUUCCUUUGCA